CAGCAGGAACACAGUACAGCAACCACUCUGUUGCAACUGUUUCGAGUUCUAUGGUGUCCCAGCAAUCACAGGAAAUCAUGUAACGGAAGUGUACGGAAGCGGUGAGCAGCCAAACCUGUCCGAUUUUUCGAAACAAAAAAUGGCAUCUGCGGCAGUGACAAGCGAGAGCCAAGCGUCGGAUGCAGAUCAGCCCAAACUUUCCGAUUUAAUAGAUAACGGGUGGAAACUCUAUGAAGAAGUGGAAAGCACAAACGAGCCGACCUCAUCCCUCCCGAUCCAAGUUAAAAUCAAGCGCGGUGUCUCCAAGUUAGAGGAGGCGACGCGGAUGGUGGCCCAGCUCGACUUGUUCAGUCGAAAUGAAGAGCUGGAGGAAAUCGCCACGGCAGAUCUGAAGUACGUGCUGCUGCCCGCUCUCCUGGGGGCGCUCACGAUGAAAGAGACAAACCCGUCCAGGCGUCUGGAGCAGGUGCAGAAGGCCAGGGUUUACUUCCUGGACUUCUUAAAACGCUGCAAAGAAUAUAACAUCAUGAAGUUCGAGCUCCCGAAGGCAACGCAGAGCCCCGAAGAAAGCAAUGAAACGGGGGAGGAUUCGAGCAGCGGGACUCCUGCCCUGCCCUCUAACCCCCCUGAUCUGGUGGCUAUGGCAGUACACAGAAAUGCCAAGAUAGAAAGAUACAAUCAGAAGAAGGAGACAGAAGCCAAACUGUCGGAGAUCAGAGUGGCAGUGGACAGCGGGCAGGCGGAGGAUGAAGUGGUGCGAGACUUCUACCUGCUGAAUGCACGCAGGUGGGUUACCAUCGCACUGGAGGAGAUCGAGAGCAUCGACCAGGAGGUGCAGAUCCUCAAGAGGAUGGGCUCCCUGAAGAAGGACUCUGCACACUCAUCUAGACAGCAGCAGAGGCCGCCAAUGAAACCAUUCAUUCUCACAAAAGAUGCCGUCCAGGCCAGAGUGUUCGGAGCAGGCUAUCCAAGCCUCCCAACCAUGACUGUGAAUGACUGGUAUGAGCAGCACAGAAGACAAGGAGCUCUCCCUGACCAGGGGAUCCCAAAGAGCGCAGCUGACCUUGAUAACGAGGAGCGUGAGGAGGAGGAGAAGGAGAGACAGAUUGGAAACGAUAAUGAGGAAGCAUUGCAGAGAGCACGGGACUGGGACAACUGGAAAGACACGCACAGGAGAGGCUACGGCAACAGGAAGAACAUGGGCUAGCAAUGUGACUGCCUGCAGGACUCUUAGUGCUACAGAAAUAAACUGCUACUGCUGGCUUCAUGUGCAGCGGGGAUGAGCAUCUGUUAACUGCAUUUGACACACAGAAAUAACCACGAGCUGCAAACUGAUUGGCCAAUGUUUCAGCUGGGUUGAGGGGUAGGGGUGAGGGUGGGGAUUCAGAACACAGAAAUUGCUAUUUUAUUUCAGAAUGUGAAUUGAUUAUUCAGGUCUCAACUUCAAACUGAGUGUUACAGGUGUCGCAUGCCUGGUUCUUGAUUCUAUUUAAAAAAGGCAUCUUCAGUAUAAAUUGGAGAUUUGCCUGUAAGAAUUGCUGAAAAGCACUGUGUAAAAAAAGAUCUUGAUUAAAAAGCUGUCAUUUAAAUUUGAUUCCUUGAGAUAUACUCCUGUCCUACAAGUAGGCUUGGGACGAAUGCAGUAUUAUACAGUAAUAGAGUAUUUAAGGGUAGAUUGAGGCAUGUUUAGACGGUGACUUUGUUUCCUACUGUUUUAAGAUUAUUCAGCCAAAUGAAACCUAGGCAAAUCCCCAGUGUUUGAGGAAGAUGCAUUAGUUAGACCUCCAAUUGACCUACAUAGUGGAGGAUCCAAGUAUCCCCAAUGCUUAAACCAAGGUAGGACACUGACAUUUUGCAGCCUUUACAAGCAUACAUACACUAAACAGAUGCACAUGGGCUGUCAGAUGUUUGAUUUUUCUGAAUUGACCCUUAUAAAAGUUUCCCAUUAUAAAAGUAUAGUAUCAAAUGUGAAACUGAGAAGGAGGGUGAUGUCAUCCCAAUUAAUUAAAAAAAAAUAAUAUCUGGAAUUUGUAUCAAUUGAAUGAAAUUAUUGUCCAGUGAUGUGGUGCACCUAGCCACCAUAAAAUGAAAAUUGAGUCAAGUGAAUUUCAGCACGUCCAGCUCUAGAAAAAAUUUCUAUGUUUUAUUCCACCUUAGCAAGCUGCUAAGGCAGUCGCUUCAAAUCAGAAUUCUAGAGGUAUUCUAGCACAUACUGUGUAAAAACUUAUUGCACAUAAAUAACAGGCAAGUGGAGCUGGCAGUUUAAGGGUUGGAUUGUACACGUGUGUUUAGGGUAUGAGAACCCACUGCUAAAGUUCAUAUAUAAUGACCAUUGUCAAGAUAAAUGAUUUGCUUGGCAUUGAAAAAGCCCAGGCACUGUGCUGUGUCAGUACUGAAGGGAAUGUCGUGGAAUUUGUACCAAUAAGGAUCUGUUAGUAACUUGGGAGUACAUUCAGUUAAUAUAUAGCCACUGAUAAUCUUCACUGGAAUUGGGUGGAGUUAGAAGCCAAAACAUUUUUUUUUCUGCAGAAGCAAAGCUACAGAAUUGUGGACUCUUGUAAGAGUCUACGAAUUGUUCCCAUUUAUUUUUUUGCUAUUUUUUUUAUAUAAAUAUAUUUAAGGCUGACCUGUGUAGUGUUUUACAAUAUGUUGUUUCUUUAAAUAAAAAGGUUACGCAAUGA